AUGGCGGCGGCGGCGGCGUCUCUGGUGAUCCGUCUCUCGGCGCUCGCCGUCGUGCUCGUCGUCCUCUGCCCGACGGCGUCCGCGGUGGCGCUGGGGAAGCGGUACAGAGUCGGCGGCCCUGAAGGGUGGCGCGUGCCCCCGCCGCAGGACAAGGAGAUGUUCUACGUCAAGUGGGCGUCCCCCAUAACCUUCUUCGUCGAGGACUCCAUCGAGUUCGUGUACAAGAACGACUCGGUGAUCAAGGUGAGCAAGGUCGGAUACUAUCACUGCAACGAGACGGCGGGCAUCGGCACCGGCGCCGUGCCGAGGGACGGCAGCACGCUCUUCCUCCUCGACGCGCCAGGCUUCGCCUACUUUGCCAGCGCCGACAUCGGACACUGCAACGCCGGCGAGAGGCUGGUAAUUAACGUCCGCGCUGCCUCCCCGCCGGCGCCCGCAUCAGCAUCAUCGCCGGCACAGGCCCCCACGGCACCGUCGUCUUCACGACCGCCGUCGUCAUCGCCGUUCUCUCCGGCACCAGGGCCGGCCCCGUCGAUGGAGUAUUCAUCCGCCGCGGGCGGGCCGUUCGUGGCGUCCCUCGCUCGCGCCAUUGCACAAGCUGUGACAUUGGUCCUGGCCUGCUUUAUCUGA